GGGCAGCAGCCGGUGCCCAGCGACCUGACCCCCGAGGAGUGCCAGGAGCUGGAGAACAUCCGCCGCCGCAAGCAGGAGCUGCUGGCCGACAUACAGCGGCUCAAGGAUGAGAUAGCGGAGGUGACGAAUGAGAUCGAGAACCUGGGGUCCACGGAGGAGCGGAAGAACAUGCAGAGGAACAAGCAGGUGGCGAUGGGCAGGAAGAAGUUCAACAUGGAUCCCAAGAAGGGAAUCCAGUUCCUCAUCGAGAACGACCUGCUGAAGAACACGUGCGAGGACAUCGCUCAGUUCCUCUACAAGGGCGAGGGCCUCAACAAGACAGCCAUCGGGGACUACCUGGGCGAGAGGGACGAGUUCAACAUCCAGGUUCUGCACGCGUUCGUGGAGCUGCACGAGUUCACCGACCUCAACCUGGUGCAGGCGCUGCGGCAGUUCCUGUGGAGCUUCCGCCUGCCCGGGGAGGCGCAGAAGAUCGACCGCAUGAUGGAGGCCUUCGCCCAGCGCUACUGCCAGUGCAACCCGGGCGUCUUCCAGUGCACUGACACCUGCUACGUGCUCUCCUUUGCCAUCAUCAUGCUCAACACCAGCCUGCACAACCCCAACGUCAAGGACAAGCCCACGGCCGAGCGCUUCAUUGCCAUGAACCGCGGCAUCAACGACGGCGGGGACCUGCCCGAGGAGCUGCUCAGGAAUCUCUACGAGAGCAUCAAGAACGAACCCUUCAAAAUCCCUGAGGAUGACGGCAACGACCUCACGCACACCUUCUUCAACCCCGACCGCGAGGGCUGGCUGCUGAAGCUGGGCGGCCGGGUGAAGACGUGGAAGCGGCGCUGGUUCAUCCUCACUGACAACUGCCUCUACUACUUCGAGUACACAACGGACAAGGAGCCCCGGGGCAUCAUCCCGCUGGAGAACCUCAGCAUCCGCGAGGUGGAGGACUCCAAGAAGCCGAACUGCUUUGAGCUCUACAUCCCCGACAACAAGGACCAGGUGAUCAAGGCCUGCAAGACGGAGGCGGAUGGGCGUGUGGUGGAGGGCAACCACACCGUGUACCGCAUCUCGGCGCCCACCCCCGAGGAGAAGGAGGAGUGGAUCAAGUGCAUCAAGGCGGCCAUCAGCAGGGACCCCUUCUACGAGAUGCUGGCUGCCCGCAAGAAGAAGGUCUCCUCCACCAAGAGGCACUAGCAGCCC